UCGUGCACUCAUCUCCCCUCUGCAGGCGUCCUCGCCUCGCUUUCCCCCCGGCAUUCUUCCAUGUCUCUUUAUAUAACGGACACGGGGAGUGGAGACGACACUGGCUACUCAUUAAUUUAGAGAGCCCGAGUAACAGCCAAAGGUCCACUCCUCACCUGUCCCUCCUGUUCGAUCGGAACCCUAGGAUCCGGAUCCAUGGGCACCGAUCCGCCGGAGAAUCCGGAGGCGCAACGCCCCUCGCCGGCGCCGACGGCCGCGAAGCCCGACGGGGACGCGGCUUCCGAGACGUCGUCGGCGCAGUCCAGCGAGCCCUCCGACCGGAAGGACGCGGAAUCUCUGGUCCUGUCGACGAGGAGUGAGGAGUACAGGUUUCUGUUCCGUCUUUCGCCCGAUGAUGUUCUUCUUCAAGAUUUUAAUUGCGCCAUCCAUGAAAAUAUUCUUCUUCAGGGGCAUAUGUAUUUGUUUACCCACCACAUCUGCUUUUAUUCCAACAUUUUUGGAUUUGAGACGAAGAAAAUAAUUCCUUUCCAUGAGGUAACUUGUGUUCGUAAAGCAAAGACAGUUGCAAUAUUUCAUAAUGCCAUUGAGAUUCUUGCUGGAGUGAAAAGGGUAACAAAGCUUUGGUACUUUUUUGGGUCUUUCUUGACUCGGGAUGAAGCAUACCGGCUUAUUGUUGAUGUCUGGGUGCAACAUGGUGGUGACGUAAGAGCCCAGGAUACAAAAUUGGAGGCCAGCAGUCAAGAUGAUGCCAUUAUUAUAUUUGACAAAGUGAAGGGAGGUAAAGCAUUGCUAGAUGAUUCAUCGUCUUCGAACAGAAGUAAGGAUGCCAAAUUGUCAGAAGAAUUUAAAUCUAUCCCUAAUGGUAAAGUUGACAGCGACAUUUCCAUAAGGCUUUUGGAAAUUCAGGAGAAUGAAGGUGAAGAAAAUGUUAACAAGUCAUUAUCUCAAAAUCCUUUUUCUUGGACCAUCGAGGACAUUGAUGCUCCUAAAGUACCUGAACAUUUUGCAAUUGUUGCUGAGUCAAAGUUUCCGCUCCUUGUGGAGGAUUUCUUCAGCCUAUUUGUCUCUGAUCGUGCUGCUGACUUUUUGAAGGAUUUCCAUACAAGAUGUGGUGACAAGGAUUUUCAGUGCACUUCUUGGCAUAGGCACGAACAAUUUGGGUAUACCCGCAAUGUUUCAUUUCUGCAUCCUGUCAAAGUAUAUCUUGGUGCUAAAUUUGGGAACUGUCAGGAGGUCCAGAAAUUUCACGUGUUCAGAAACAGCCAUUUGGUAAUCGAAACAUCGCAACAAAUUGAUAAUGUGCCAUAUGGGGAUUACUUCCAAGUUGAGGGGAUCUGGGAUGUGGAACAAGCUAGCAAGGGAGAAAAUAGCUGCACUGUGAAAGUAUAUUCUAAUGUGGCAUUUUCAAAGAAGACCAUGUUUAAGGGGAAAAUCGAGCAAUCAACUAGGGAGGAGAGUAAAGAAGUUUACGCUACUUGGAUAAGCAUCGCUCAUGAAACUUUAAAGGAAAAGAAUAUUGGACAAUCGAAAGCAGGACUAGCAGAGCAGGAUGCAUCAAUGGUUCAUGAGAACAACAGUGAAUUAGGAAGUCCCCCAAAGCUUGAAGGGUCAACACAAAAUUCAACAUUAAAUUCUACAUAUCUUUCAAGGAACAUCCAUGAGAUAACAAACUGUAAUUCAGGGAUUGACAAUCACAUGAAAGAAAAGUCUCAACUGUUUUCACCUCUGAUGAGUAUAUUUAGAGAACCAUGGGCAACCUUCUGUUCACAUAUGAAGGCACAAAGUCUGCUAGCUACGAUUUUAGCUGUGGCAUUUAUUAUCUUUAUCCUAAUGCAGUUAAGCAUCAUUCUUCUUCUAGCUAGAGUUCCUGAGGUGCAUCUGGUAACUCAUGGAAACUAUAAUAUGGAGAACGUAGAGUGGUUAGAGAAGCGCUUUAACUACCUCAAGGAAGAAAUGCUUAUGGUGGAAUCUCGAUUGGAGCGGAUGCGUCAUGAAUAUGCCUUGUUGAAGUCUUAUCUGCAGAGUCUUGAACAGCUGAGGGCCAAAUCAUGAAUACAAACUAGGGAUAUGGAGUGGCACCUCAAAUUAACCUCUUAACUUGAAAAAGGUCAUGUGCUUCUUUCCGUACAUUGAAGGCUGUCAUUUGACCCUCACGGAACCCUGUUGUGGCAGAACCAUGCGCCUUAUGAUGCCCUUGUUUUUAUUGCAAUCCCUUUCUGCAGCAAUUUUCUUAUUCAUUCAGGUGUCUUAUUUUGUUGGUUUAUUUCUAACAUUUGCCCACAUGUUCUGGCCCCAGGUUCAUCCGGUAGCAUUAGGCGACAUCGGAUUCUAAUUUCCUGUUUUUCCGGGUAUAAAAAUAACUACAGGUAUCAAGUCCAAGGUUCUGUAAGACAUUUUACUUGUACCCUUAUAUAGUUGACUGGAGUAUCGUCAAAACUCGAGGCACUUAAUUUUUUUAGUAGGCUCUCGAUGUUAACCCUAUCUAUUGCUAAUGAGGCUCUGUGACUUAUCUGCUUCCGUCCCUGUAGUAUAUAUUGAUGAGAAUUAUGGGUUCUUUAACAGCAAA